AGGAUAAAGCAGAAAAAGGAGGAAACGUUUUCGAGUUUUAUUUUCGUUUUCGUUUUGCUCAGGCAAAAAAAGAAAACCACGUAGCGCGUCUCGUGUACGGCUCGGGAAACCCGUGCGAAAGUAGCGCUGGUGGCAUCUUUUUGGAGGGCGCGAUUUCCAAUUGAAAUCGUACGAUAUUGCAAUCGCUGUCGAAAUCGUUGUCGCUUUCGACACUACGCGACCCAUUAAUCCGCUCGCUGUGCAUCCGAAAGCACCGAUCGAAGAGGCGAAGAAUUUGGGGUGAAGUGGCCAACCCCUGACGAACCCCUGACGAACCCCUGACCAACCGGUACCAUCAAACACCUUGCCAGCGGAGGAACCCGCAGCGACCCAGUAAGGAUGGACCGAAACAUAGGUCGACAAGGCCCAAUGUCCAUGUCACCGGGCAUGAUGCGGAGACCUGGCGGAAUGCAGACUGGCUCCAACCGGGAGGCGCAUUUAGCGACCUCACAGAACCACUCGUCGUCCGUGCCGUCGUACCAGUCACAGUCCUCCGGUCUAGGGCCAGCUAGCGCACUGAACAACGGCGGCAGUUCGCCAGCUGCAGACCAUCAGCAAGCGCCAUCGCAGCACUCGCAGCAUGACGAGCUCAUUCGAUACAUAAACGAAGCCUGGAAUAGUAUAACUACCGGAUCCCAGGAUCCUCCAAAAUACUACUAUAGUGCGCCUGAACCACGGUUGCCCGGGUUCAAACCGUUUGAUCUAGAAGGCUGGUGGGGCCAGCGGUUGGUGCACCAGAUCAACCUAGGUGCUCACGGACAUCAGUGAGCCACGGACGCAUACUAAGAUCGCCAGAUUGUUCAUGAAAGGUCAUCUCCAUUGCCUACCUUGUUUUGUUUCCUAUAGUUUGCCUUCCUGUUUAUAACUUUUGCCCAAAACAGCAACCCAAAAAAAUCUCAUUCCUCCACAUUAUCAAGAAAAGACCAUUUCAAAACAACAGCCGUCACCAGUAAACGCAAACUCCGAACGAACGGCGAAAGGUUGACUAAUUGAAGUUCGUCACGAAGUUGAUUUCUACUCCUUGUUUGGGAGGUAGAUUUGCGUGGCUGUGUCCAAAGUUUUACUUCAUAUUUUGUUAUCAACCAUGAAAGUGGAAUCACCAGGGCGCUGGUGAUAGCACGUGCUGAUUAUCGUGUUAGACAGAAGAUUUACGACUUUUAAAGAUUAGUUUCCAAUUUUUCUACAAGAUUUACUAAUUUUUUGAACUCUUUUCGUUAAUGAACCAAGCAAGAUAGGUAAGGUGAGUGAGCACAUGGAUACGACAGCGAAUUACAGUAAUACAAUAAGAUAAAGGGAAGAUGACGGAUUGACCGAGAAGGUGAAAGAAUGCGUCGUUCUGUGGAAAGCGAGGAACGGUAGGAAAAUACAACUAUUAUUUGUUUGGUUUUCUUAAUCUAUUUUUCAUCAAGGAACUUUUAGCUAAGAAGAAAAAUCUGAAAGUAGAGCACAACAGCAAUGAUUUGGUUCUGUUCCGUUCUGUCCCUGUUUUAUCUCCUUUGAGGGUAAUGUAAUUGUAAAAAAGAUGCGACCUCCAUUUGACUUGCGUGACGGCGAAGAAUAAGCAUGUAUAUGAAUUCCUUCGCACUUUCACAACAAACGUUAAAUAAUGCAUGGGAAGGGAUUGGAACUGUAAUAAAAAUAUCGUAUGA